UUUAUGAAGCAAGGGUGGAAAGGAAGCCUGAUCCCUUUGGCACUGAAUCUGAUUCGAAUACACUGCAAAAAUGAAGCUGUGUAUCAGUACCACGUGACAUUCAGCCCAGAUGUGGAAUGUAAAAGUAUGCGUUUUGGGAUGUUGAAGGAACAUAAAUCGGUGACAGGAGACAUUACCGCAUUUGAUGGCUCUAUUCUCUAUUUACCUAUCAAGUUGCCUCAAAAUAUUGACCUGAAGUGUCGAAGAAGGACAGAUGGAAUGGAAAUCGGUUUAAAGAUUCAGCUGACCAAAAUUCUGGAACCGAGCUCAGAUUUAUGUGUCCCAUUUUACAAUGUUGUUUUCAGAAGAGUGAUGAGGAUUUUAGAUAUGAAACUUGUUGGAAGAAAUUUCUAUGAUCCUACCGGUGCUACUGUGCUUCAGCAGUACAGGUUGCAAGUAUGGCCUGGCUAUGCAGCCAGUAUCCGAAGGACAGAUGGUGGGCUGUUUUUGUUGGCUGAUGUUGUUCACAAGGUUAUUCGGAAUGAUUCAGUCCUGGAUUUGAUGCAUGCAGUUUAUCAACAGAGUCGGGAAAAUUUCCAAGAUGAAUGUACAAAGCAACUUAUCGGCAACAUCAUAAUUACCCGUUACAACAAUAAUACUUACCGGAUUGAUGACAUUGACUGGAACAAGACACCAAAGAGCAGUUUUACCCUGUCAGAUGGGAAAGAAAUUACUUUUGUAGAGUAUUACAGUAAACAUUAUGGGAUUACCAUCAGAGAACUUGAGCAGCCACUGUUGAUUCACAGACUUGAUGAAAGAAGAAAUCCUCCAGGAAAGCUGCAGACAGUUGAAAUCCUGCUAGUGCCAGAGCUGUCCUUCUUGACAGGCAUUCCUGAGAAGAUGAGGAAAGACUUUAGAAUCAUGAAGGACCUUAUGCAGCAGAUCAACCUGAGUCCUAAACAGCAUCAUACCUCUCUGCGCCAGCUUCUGAGCAGAAUUGAGAAGAAUGAGGCUGCCCACAAGGAACUGUCGCGGUGGGGGCUUUGCUUGGAUGAGGAUGUUUGUAAGACCAAAGGACGCAUCCUCCCCAUGGAAAGAAUAAAUCUGAAGAAAUGUUCCUUCAGUGCCUCUGAAGACCUAAACUGGACUAAAGAAGUCAGCAGAGAGUCCUGUAUUUCUUCAGUUCCAGUUCAUUACUGGGCAUUGUUUUAUCCAACGCGGACAAUGGAGCAAGCGCGUGAACUAGUCAGUAUGCUGCAAAAAGUCUCUGGUCCACUUGAGAUCCCGUUGAACCCUCCUGUUUGGAAAGAAUUGAAGGAUGAUAGAAUAGAGACUUAUGCCAGAGCUAUCAAAUCAUUGCUCAAUAGUGAGGGUUCUAUACAACUGGUCGUUUGUAUUAUCACAGGGACUAAAGAUGACUUGUAUGGGGCCAUUAAAAAGCUAUGCAAUGUACAGUCUCCCGUUCCUUCCCAGGUUAUUAAUGUUCGAACCAUUACAACCCAGCCUGUAAAACUUAGGUGUAUAGCACAGAAAAUUCUGUUGCAGAUUAAUUGCAAGCUAGGUGGAGAGCUGUGGGGUGUGAACAUUCCAUUGAAACAGCUGAUGGUGAUCGGCAUGGAUGUGUAUCAUGAUCCCAGCAGGGGGAAGCGCUCUGUGGUGGGCUUUGUGGCAAGCGUCAAUCAAAUUUUGACACAAUGGUAUUCCAAGGUUGUGUUCCAGAUGCCUCAUCAAGAAAUAAUAGAUAGCCUGAAGGUCUGCUUGGUAGCUGCUUUGCAGAAGUUCCAUGAGGUUAACCACUGCCUCCCGGAGAAGAUAGUGGUUUAUAGAGAUGGGGUGUCAGAUGGCCAGCUGAAAAUGGUAGAAAGCUAUGAAAUCCCACAGCUGCAGAAAUGCUUUAAAGCUUUUAAUAAUUAUGACCCUAAGAUGGUAGUGUUUGUGGUUCAGAAAAAAAUCAGCAUCAACAUCUAUUCAUCAGCUGCUGAUCACUUAACAACACCUCCUCCAGGGACGGUGAUAGACCAUACAGUUACCAACCGAGAUUGGGUGGAUUUUUACUUGAUCGCACACCACACACAACAAGGCUGUGGUAUCCCUACUCACUACGUCUGUGUAAGGAAUACGGCCAGUCUCAGUCCUGAUCACCUGCAGAGGCUGACUUUCAAACUUUGCCACAUCUACUGGAACUGGCCUGGAACUAUCAGAGUGCCUGCACCUUGCAAAUACGCUCAUAAGCUGGCUUUUCUCUCAGGCCACAUUCUCCACCAUGAACCAGCAAUUGAGCUCUGUGAGAAGCUCUUCUUCCUGUAGCUUCUGCCAUCAGCUGCCUUCAGAGGAAGAACAUGAGCGCCCUCGUCCAAGGCGGGGCUGAGAAGGAAUUGCCCUGGGCUUACUGUUGAGGGGCAGCCCCUCCCAGU